GGAGGAGGUAAAACGCACUCCCUCAUACUUGCACAGGUACGUUGUGAUAGAAAGUUCAGAGGUAAGCGAUGGCUGGAGGAGGCAAAAGAGGUGAAGCGUCGUCUCUUCUACUUGUGACGCUGCUCGUGACGUUGUUGGCUUUCUUCGCCACCAACUCCUCGGCAGCCCGUGUCACACCCCGUCCGCAAUCCCUCGCCAGAGCGGCACUGAGUGCGUUGGGGGCAAGGCAAGAUGAGCCGUGCUGCAGAUGCGCGUGUCCUCUCAUUUACCCACCUACUUGGUGCAUUUGCGGCGGCAUAUGGCAAGGCUCCUGCCCUUCCGCCUGCAACAACUGCCAGUGUGUCCUCAACGAGUGCACUUGCCUCGAUCUUAUGGACCCCAAGGUCUGCGUGGCCAACUCCUGUCCCUGGCGUGAUGCAGCCCCCAAAGUAGAGCCGGCGCAGCAGUGGGCGAUCGAAGAAACCGGUGGGAAAUUAGCGAUGAUGGUGUGAUCCAAUUGUGUUUGUGAUCGCCUGUCGUCUUCUCUCGCUCCGUCCUAUCCAUCUAUCCAUCCAUCUACUUAUAAUCUAUGUCGUGUUCCGUCGUGUGGUGUUGCUUUGCUUCAGUAAUAAAAAUAAAAUGCUUCUGCUUUUAUCGCGA